AUGGCAAUUUCCGCAUUGCGUUGGAGCAGUGGAUGGAAAUCAUGUCGUAAUCAAAAGGCCUGCCAACAGCGGUCUUACUAUAAUUAUAAACACACAUUUUCUGUGGUUUUGUUAGCUACAGUUGAUGCAGAUUACAAAUUUAUCACCGUUGAUGUUGGAGCCAUGGGAAGAUUUGGUGAUGCAAAUUUGUUUUCGAGCAGUGCGUCGGCACAACUACCUACGAUUGUUAACCUAGUAUCGUACGUUUUUGUAGGAGAUGAAGCGUUCCCUUUAUCAGAAAAUCUAAUAAGACCGUAUCCAAGAAGAUAUCUAACUGGUAAUUAUGCACAUCAAGUUUUCAAUGCUCGGCUUUCCCGAGCUCGACAGACAGUGGAAUGUGCGUUUGGUGCACUAGCUUCACGGUUUCGUGUCUUUAGAAGACCCUUUGAAAGUAAAAUUGACACGGUAACUGACGUUGUACAAGCAGCUUGUGUUUUACACAACUAUUUACGAUCGUCAGUACAGAUCACAAAUGAUAAUGUUGAUGACAUUGAACGAUUUCUAGAUAAUCAAUUAGUUGCAGUACGUGGUAGCAAUGUUAGAAAUACGUCAAAAGCGUUUAAAGUAAGGGAACAAUUCACGGAAUACUUCAAUAAUUGGGGAGCUCUCCCAUGGCAACUUCAAACCGUUAUACUUGGAAAUUAG